AUCCUGAAAGUUUGGUUCUGAGAAGAAGAGAAGAAAAUGGAAGGGAUAAGCCAUAUCGCACUCCCUGUUCUUGGAAUCGUCGCAGUCUCGGUCGUAACAUUCUAUGCCGUUAGCUUUGCCGAGAUCAGAGAGAAAUCGUUUAAAGAUGUGUACGACUCGGAGAACGAAGUUGGGUUCAAGACUUCUCUAAGUUCAAGGGAGAGAAGAUCAAAGAGAGAAGCAAACAAAAAACGUCCUAAAUCUUGAUUCCAAAAAUCACCAUGAUCCAUGAUCGUUUUGCUUUUCAAUGUUCGUACAAAUAAACAAUUCAAAAGAGUUUGGUUAUUGUUAACUAUGGCUGCAUUUUUGGUUUAGUAGAUGAUCUUGAUCACAUCGUCAGAUGUUGUCCCAUUAUUGUUUAUUCCUCAUUAAAAUGUACUUAUUUAAAGACUUGUUGUGUGUUAAAAAAAAAAACAAAGGAUCCAAACUUUGAGAAUCUAAAAAACAUUUUUCAUCAACAUCAUUUUGACUCUGCUUUUCACUUCUUGUGCUGAGCCUUGAGUUCUUUUACCUUCUCUUCCGUUGCCUUCAAUGCUUUCCCAUAGAUAGAAAUCAACU